UCAUUAUAUAUUGUGUUUUGUUUAAAUUAUUUUAUUCAUUCACAAAUUAGUUAUUAUUCACAAACUACGUUUCACCAAUUAUUAUUAUAGUAUAUUUUGUUUUGAAUAUUUUCAUUCACAAAUUAGUCAUCAUUUGUAACCAGUUAAGUUUCUUCAUUCAUCUCCUUCAUAAACAAUCACCAAAAAUAAUUGGUAUCUUUGUCAUUGUUGUUCUGGUCUCUUUCUUUACUAAUGGAUCAAAGGUCAUUAGAAGCUGCUGCUAAAUCUGGAAACAUCGAGCUACUAUACGAACUGAUCCAUGAAGAUCCAUAUGUUCUCGAUAAAAUUGACGACGUGCCCUUCGUCAAUACUCCUCUCCACGUGGCAGCCGUCGCCGGAAAAACAGAGUUUGCGAUGGAAAUUAUCAACUUGAAACCGUCUUUUGCUCGGAAACUUAACGCCGACGGACUUACGCCAUUACACCUAGCCGUCGAUAACGGUCAUUUCUGGUUAGUACUUGAAAUAGUUAAGGCUGAUCCAAGCCUUGUUCGUGUUAAAGGGAGACAUGGUAUGACGCCAUUGCUAGUUGCGGUAAACAGAAAGAAGAUUGAUUUGGUAUCAGAGUUCUUCUUGGUUUGCCCCGAAGGCAUUGUGGACGCAAACGUGAAUGGAGAAAAUGCUCUACACAUCGCCAUGAACAACUACGACCCACAAGAAGGAUUAAUCUUUGUUAGGGUUAUUAUGGGAUGGAUCCUGCGAUUAUGUCAAAAAGAUGCCGAGUGGAUCGAGAAAAGAGUCAUAAACCGAAGAGACAAAGACGGUAACACGCCUUUACAUCUCGCGGCUUACGGGAACAAUCUUCAUGCUUUGGAAUGGAUGUUAUUGAGUCCCAUGGUUAACGUCAACAUUGAGAACAAGAACAAUUUAAAUGUUCUCGACAUUGCUGCACAACACAAUAAUGGAGAAAUGGAGAGAGUGAUUAAGAAACAUGGUGGAACACGUUCUAUUUGUCUGGUUGCGAUUGAGACAACAUCGGAUCUACUCGCGUCGCAGCUUUCUUUUGCAGAAUCGAGUCGGACAAAAAGUAUUCGGUUUUAUUCUUGUACCUCUGAAGAGCGAAAAAACGCUCUUUUAGUGGUCGUAACUCUCAUAUUCACAGCUACUUUUCAGACCAUUCUCCAGCCUCCCGGAGGCUUAUCUGAUGGUGGAGGUCAAAGUGGUGGUACAAACGGUCGGGGUGAAGUGGUUAUGAAUGAUUUCUACUUUAUCUGGAUAUUUUUAUGGAACAGUGUGGGUUUCUACUUUGCCAUUGAGAUGAUGUUACGUUUGUUGAGUAUGGGACAAGAGAGUAUCUUUUGGUAUUACCCUCUGUUCAUUCCUCUGGUCUUUGUUUACGCUGUCGCAGUGAAUGUGAUAGGACCGAAUAACAGAGCGAGAUAUAUCGUAUUAUGUGGUCCGGUCGUGAUAAUGCUCAUUUGGGGAUUCGGGAUUAAUGUGUUUGCUGAAUGGGUGAAGUCUAAAAGAAACAAGGUGCGUGGACCCAACAGUGGAUUGAUUUGGGAAGGUUUUACUACGUUGAAUCAAGCUAAAGGUAUUGCGCCUAAUUAUAAUAGGCAUGUGAUGAGGGUAACUUAAUUUCCUCUUUGUUAUUUUACUGUUGCUUUUUGAAUGUUUUAUUCUAGUACUCUGGUCGGGGAAAAUUUACAUUGAUCUAUAUUAUUAUUGUUAUCUAAUAACUGAAAGGCUCGU